AUGAAGGCUCUCAUCCUCGUCGGUGGUUUUGGCACUCGCCUCCGCCCCCUUACCCUGACGCUGCCGAAGCCGCUUGUGCCUUUCUCCAACCGGCCGAUGAUUGAGAUCCAGAUCGAUGCGCUGGCCAAGGCGGGUGUCACCGAUGUCAUCCUCGCAGUCAACUACCGCCCGGACAUCAUGAUGGCUGAGCUGGAGAAGUUCGAGAAGAAGUACAACAUCAAGAUCCACUUCAGCGUCGAGCAGGAGCCCCUCGGUACCGCCGGCCCUCUUGCCCUCGCGCGCGACCUCCUUCUGAAGGACCCGUCCCCCUUCUUCGUCCUGAAUUCCGACAUCAUUUGCCCCUUCCCCCUGUCGCAGAUGGCCGAGUUCCAUCGCCAGCACGGCCGCGCCGGGACGAUCGCCGUCACCCGAGUCGAGGACCCGUCCAAGUAUGGUGUGGUGGUGGCGCACCCGCACGAGCCGACCCUGGUGGAGCGCUUCGUGGAGAAGCCCUCCGACUUCGUGAGCAACCGCAUCAAUGCCGGCAUUUACAUCCUGGAUAUCUCGGUGCUGGACCGGAUCGAGCUCCGGCCCACCAGCAUUGAGAAGGAGAUUUUCCCCUCCAUGGCCAGCGACAACCAGCUCUGCUGCAUGGACCUCGAGGGCUACUGGAUGGAUGUCGGCCAGCCGGCGGACUACCUGAGUGGCAUCGGCCUGCACCUGGCGCAUAUGCGUGACACGGAGCCGGCCAGCCUGGCAACCGGCCCGCACAUUGUCGGCAAUGUGCUCAUCCACCCGACGGCCACCGUGGCCCCGGAUUGCCUGCUCGGGCCGAAUGUCACCGUCGGGCCGAAUGCCCGUAUCGAGUCCGGGGCGCGCAUUCGCGACUCGGCCCUCCUGGACCAUGCCCAUGUGCAGGCCCAUGCCCGUGUGGCCAAGUCGAUUGUUGGCUGGCAGAGCCGUGUCGGUCGCUGGGCUCGUCUGGACCAGGUGACCGUCCUGGGCCUGGAUGUCCAGGUGUCCGAGGAGGUCUUCGUCAACGGAGCCCGGGUCCUGCCGCACAAGACCAUUUCCGACAACGUGUAUGAGCCGUCGAUCAUCAUGUAAGUGGGGAAAUGUGAGCGUGUCGACAGGGCCGCAGGCCGUGUUGUGUAUGUCCGUGUGUGUGCGUGUGUUGAGGCGGGGGAAAAGGGAGUCCUUUCCAGGAAAUGUGGGGUAUGUGCGUGCGUGUGUGUGUGCGUGCGGACCAGCGUGGUCGACAAUGUCCCUCGGCUGUGUCUGUGUGCACCGGCCCUCCUCCCCAUCUCCUCCCCCCCUCUCCCCGCCUGUCACUGCACCUCCCCUCCCCCCUCCCCCAAUCGAUGGAGUGACCUUCUCGGCGACGCGUGCGGGCGCGUGGCGCGUGCGCGGAGGCACCAUCCUAUGUGUCACCCCUCCGCCCCCAUCUACCACCCCUCCCUCCUCCCCUCUCUUUUCAGAUACCGACAGGCUCCUACGGCGGCGAUGUGUGCCGCAUCCUCGAUCCUUGUCCUCCCCCGGGCGGGAGAACAGCCCCCAGGCGCGCGAUGCCUGGUGUCCCCUCCCCCUCCCCUUUUCCCCUUCCCCCCCCCGGGUGUGGCGGACAUGUGUGUGCAUUCGCGUUUUUGUGGAGUCGCACAACAUGAGUAUGGCCGCGCGCGCGCGCACGUACGCGUAUAUGAUGUCUUACGUGCAGCGUAGCCACUACUUCCUGUUGACCCCCCCCCCACCAAGGCCGGAAUUCGUGCGCGGCGUCUCCCCCCCCCCCCUCUCCCCCCAUGUUCCCUUUUGCUACCUCACUGGAUCUGGCAAUAGCACCAUAUGGUGUCUAGAUUUCCCCCCCCCCCCCCUCCCCC